CAGCUUUCUUCUAAAUUUUCCUUAGCUUUCUGGUGUUGUUUUCAAGCUACCCAGCUAAUUCAAUGGAUCUUCGUCUCUUCUCUAUCCUUGGUUUUCUUUCACUCGCUUUGGUAGUGACCAGUGCAACUUUACCUUCGGAGGAUUACUGGCAAUCAAUGUUGCCAAACACCCAGAUGCCGAAAUCAAUCCGAGAUCUUUUACCAUCUGCUUCUGCAGAUCUAACAGAAGAAAAGAGCACUGCAGUUGGUGUAGGAAAGGGUGGUGUAAAUGUUAACACUGGAAAAGGCAAGUCUGGUGCCCCCACAUCAGUAAAUGUUGGACGUAAGGGUGUAGGUGUGAGCACUGGUAAGCCUGAUGGUGGAACCAAUGUGGGUGUUGGAAAAGGUGGAGUUUCUGUUAACACAGGCCCAAAGAAGAAGCCCGUGGUCGUCAGCGUGGAUCCUAAGAGCCCAUUCGUCUACAGGUACGCAGCCUCAGAGGAUCAGCUCCAAGAUAACCCAAAUGUGGCUCUCUUCUUCCAAGAGAAAGACUUACAAUCAGGCACCACCAUGAACUUACACUUCACCAAGACAACACCCGGUGCCGCCUUCUUGCCGAGCAAGGAAGCCGACGCCACACCCUUUUCCUCUACCAAGUUCUCCGAUGUCUUACAACGAUUUGCCGUCGUGCCUGGAUCAAAAGAAGCACAAGUGAUGAAGAACACAAUCCAAGAAUGUGAGGAGCCAGGGGUACAAGGGGAGGACAAGUAUUGUGCUACUUCAUUGGAGUCUAUGGUUGAUUUCAGCACUUCAAAGCUUGGGACUAAUGUUCAAGCCAUGUCGACAGAGAUGGACAGAGAGGAGACCAAGAAGCAGCAGUAUACCAUCACUGGUGUGCAAAAGAAGGCAAGUGACAAGGCUGUUGUAUGCCAUGCCCAACCUUAUGUGUAUGCUGUGUUCUAUUGCCAUGCAACACUCAGCACAAAGGCAUACAAGGUUUCAUUAGUUGGUGCUGAUGGAACUAAGGCCAACGCUAUUGCUGUUUGCCACACUGAUACCUCCAAGUGGAACCCCAAGCACUUGGCCUUCCAAGUACUUAAGAUUAAGCCAGGGACUACUCCAGUUUGUCACUUCCUUCCUGAGGAUCAUGUGGUGUGGGUCAAGAGUUAAGAGGAGAAUAUAUCAUAACAC